CUCCAGCCCUGAGCAACUUGGAGCUGGCACCGGAGCAUCCCCGGAGCCGCAGCGGGCGCUGGGCAGCCAUGCAGGGCUCACCUCRGAGGUGGUCAGCAGCCAGUAUUUUUAGCAACUUUUUCCAGGGUCGGAGGCAUUCUUCCUCUGAUCCCCUUCUCCGCCUAAUCCAGAGGCGCCGGAGCUCCGCUGUAGAGGUACUGUCAUCAUCAACUCACCGGGUCAUGGUGGCCAUAUCAUCUCUGAGCCCCGAGGAGCUGAACGCAACUUUUCCUGAAAAAAAAAGGASUUCAAGGCGUCCAGCAGCAAAAUACACCAAGAUGGGCGAGCGCCUCCGCCACGUCAUCCCUGGCCACAUGCAGUGCUCGAUGGCAUGCGGCGGCCGGGCUUGCAAGUACGAGAACCCUGCUCGAUGGAGCGACGAGGAGCAGGCCAUCAAGGGGCUCUACUCCUCCUGGAUAACAGAUAACAUACUGGCUACAGCUCGGCCCUCGACAGAAUUAAUUGAAAAGUACAACAUUAUUGAACAAUUUGAAAGAUUCAGCAUAAAAACCAUAAUUAACCUUCAGCGACCUGGGGAGCAUGCAAGCUGUGGGAAUCCUCUGGAACAAGAGAGUGGCUUCACCUACCUUCCCGAAACAUUCAUGGAGGCUGGAAUUUAUUUUUAUAAUUUUGGAUGGAAGGAUUAUGGAGUGGCAUCUCUCACCACUAUAYUGGAUAUGGUAAAAGUCAUGACUUUCGCCUUACAGGAAGGAAGGGUGGCUGUUCAUUGUCAUGCAGGACUUGGGCGGACAGGUGUUCUAAUAGCUUGCUAUCUAGUUUUUGCAACAAGAAUGACCGCUGAUCAGGCAAUUCUUUUUGUUAGAGCAAAAAGGCCCAAUUCUAUUCAGACUAGAGGGCAGCUGUUAUGCAUCAGAGAAUUCACGCAGUUUUUGAUUCCUUUGAGAAACGUAUUUGCCUGCUGUGAGCCCAGGGCGCACACAGUGACACUGGCUCAGUACCUGACCCGUCAGAGACAUCUACUCCACGGCUAUGAGAGCAGGCAUCUCAAACACGUGCCAAAACUUAUUCACCUAGUUUGCAAACUGCUGCUAGACAUAGCUGAAAACAGACAAGUGAUAGAGGCAGAACUGUUAGACAUAGCAGACCUGUCAGCAGAAAUCGAGCAGACGGUUUCUCAGCUGUCUUCCACACAUCUAGAUAAAGAGCUAGAACGACAGGACAGCGAUACCUCCGAGUCRUUCUCCCAAACCCACUCAGCUGCUUUUGAGGGCCAGAAUGCUCUUUUCUCCCUGGCACAUGCUCACGAUCCUCUGUGGAGGAGGAGGAAUGCUGCAAGCCUUCAGCCGCUCACACACAUGAAAAGGCGUCUAAGCUAYAGCGAGUCAGAUUUAAGGACAACCGAGUUUCUCCUAGACCAAAGGGAAACUGUAUGGACGGUACCUACUCAGAUACUGCUGCACAGCAAGCUUCAGCAGGACAGUGUCGAUGAGUGCUCUGCUGCAGGUGGGGAAAAGCCCACGUUGGAGUUAAACAAAGAAGUCUUAGUGCGUAACACUUGUACAUUCUGGAGCCAGGGGAAAUUUAAUUUGGAUGGACGAGAAGAUGGAUGCUCGCUUUACCACAGAAGGAAACCUACCAAAGAAGUACAGCGCAGCAGAACCUUUUCUUCAGGUCUGGCAUCUCUCCAGAAUUCCAGGGAACCUGGAACAUCAAGGCAUAAAUUUAGCAAAGAAGCUGGUCGUAGAGCAGAAUGUGAGAGUAAUAUGUAUAAGAGAAGAGGCUAUGCUUCUCAGGACUCCGAUUCUUCCUCUUCUUCUAAAGCAAGCUUUUAUGUGGGAUGUGAAAGCCAGGCUAGCAAAGAUCUGUCAGAGUCAAUUCCACACAUUGUUUUGCAAUCAGAAUUAAGUUUGGAAGCCCGACGAGUUUUGGCAGCUAAAGCACUUGCAAAUAUAAAUGAAUUUCUGGGAGAGGAUGAAGUGAAGCAGAAGGUAGAAAUGUGGCAGAAAGAACUGAAUUCUCAAGAUGGAGCUUGGGAUAAAAUCUGUAGUGAGAGAGAUCCUUUUAUCCUCUGUAGCUUGAUGUGGUCCUGGAUAGAGCAACUGAAAGAACCUGUUAUAUCCAAAGAUGAUAUUGACAUGUUGGCAAAAAAUUGCACGGAACCACAAGAAGCRCUUAACUUACUGAGAAAGGAGCAGUGUCAGACUAUCCUCUGUAUUCUGAAUUGUGUGGUGAACUUGCAAACGCUGCCAGCUGAUGUGGAGGAGGCCUUGCUUGCUCGCGCUAUUAAAGCUUUCACUAAGACAAACUUUGAUUCUGAAAAUGGACCAUAUGUUUAUAAUACUCUUAAAAAAGUAUUUAAACAAACUCUGGAAGAAAAGAGAAGAAAGGUCAAAGAAGGAACAGAAAAUCCUUCUUGAGUUCUACACAGCUAUACUGAAGAAUUAGAUGGGCUUACCAAAUUAUUUUUCAUUCUCCAGCUACUGUAUUUUGUGCUAUUUGGCAUGAUUUACCUAACUUUAGAUAAUAAGAGUUAUUAACAAACAUUUUAUUUUUUUAAAGGGAGUUUUAGUGACAACUGUUUCACCUACACAGUUGUAUUGAACAGCUCCUCUGUGACUGUACUAUAGUAUUUGGUUUCAAGUUCUUUGCUUUAAUAUUGUGAACUGUUCUCUUCAUUUUAAAGGUAUUUAUUGAUUUAGGGACCUCUGUUAUUGGCAUGCUAUGUUAUUUUCAAGUUAUACGUUUGCCAUUAAGUUCAGUGCCACAGUACACAAUGGAUUGAGUUUGUAUUUAUAUGUUAACAUUAAGUAUGUUUACA